AUGAUCGCCGCCACAGUCCGCACAGCAGGGCUUCAAGUCCGAAGCUUUCACAAGACCGCUCUAAACUCGGUUUUCAACGAAACGGCAACUCGUGGAACCAACGAAAGUUUCUCUCGCCAUCACAGAAAGCACAAUAAAGUCGAAUAUAGCCAGUCUCCCGUCACACCAUACAACAGCAAUGUAAGAGCAGAGUGGCAGCGCUAUCGUGCAAUCGAGCACCAUCAGAUCUGGCCGUCUUCCCCUCGGAAGCGCUCCUUUCAUACCAAGUUGUCCUCGCAGGAUGCACCAAUUACCAAACCAACACAUGCGAUGACCUUCCGAAAGGACCGCGAGAUGCACAUCGCCGCACGCCAAACAUCGCUCAAAGCACCAGAGGAACACGAGAACCCAGAUCGCGAAUUUAUGAAGACUUGGCUCGGCGUUAAAAGGGAAUUUGGCUACCUGCGCUCAGACUUGCUGGACGCUGUGCUGGCUGAUAGUAAAAAGGUUCAAAACCAGAGCUUAAUGGGCCGGCUUUUUGACAGCGAAUCUAAGACUCACAAUUAG